AUGGCUCAUAAUUGGUGUGUGUGCCUGGAUAUUUUUGCCCUCUCCUGUGGUGAGCCUGAAGCUGAGUUAGAAGCUAUCUCAGAUUUCUGUCAAGUGCCAAGACUUUCCAAGGUCAAUCUUUUUACUUUAUUAAGUCUCUGGAUGGAGCUCUUUCCCUCAGCUGAGCAGCAGAAAAAAUCCCAGGUGAAGAAGAGUGGCCUAGUUGUGGUGAAAAAUAUGAAGAUUAUUGGUCUUCACUGCUCCAGUACAGACUUGCAUGCUGGCCAGAUUGCACUCAUUAAACAUGGAUCAAGACUUAAAAACUGUGAUCUUUAUUUUUCCAGAAAACCAUGUUCAACUUGUUUAAAAAUGAUUGUAAAUGCUGGGGUGAACAGGAUUUCUUACUGGCCUGCAGAUCCUGAGAUCAGCUUGCAGAACGAGGUAUCCAAUCCAACAAGUACUGAGGAUGCAAGGCUGGAUGCCAAAGCAGUGGAAAGACUGAAGUCAAACAGUCGUGCUCGUGUGUGUGUGUUGCUUCAGCCUUUGGUGUGCUACAUGGUGCAGUUUAUUGAAGAAACUUCCACCAAGUUUGAUUUUAUUCAGAAAAUAGCAAAAUCACACCCUGACUGUAACACUGACUUUUAUACUGCAUGUAGGCAAGAGAGGAUAAAAGAGUAUGAAAGUUUAUUUCUAAUUUCAAAUGAGGAAAUGCACAAGCAAAUAUUGAUGACAAUAGGACUGGAGAACCUCUGUGAAAACCCGUACUUCAGCAACCUUAGGCAGAAUAUGAAAGAUCUUGUCUUGGUCUUGGCAUCAGUGGCUGCCAGUGUCCCAGUCUUUGGUUGCUUUGGAUUUUACAAGAGUGGAUCCCAACGAGCAAAUGAAGCAGACGAUCAGUGUUUGCCCCAGGACGUGGCAAGGCACUGCAUGAUUCAAGCCAGGCUGCUCGCGUAUCGGACAGAGGAUCAUAAAACGGGAGUUGGAGCUAUUAUUUGGGCAGAGGAAAAAUCAAGAGGCUGUGAUGGAACAGGAGCAAUGUAUUUUGUAGGCUGUGGUUACAAUGCCUUUCCUGUUGGAUCUGAAUAUGCUGAUUUUCCACACAUGGAUGAUAAACAAAAAGAUCGGGAAAUCAGGAAGUUCAGAUACAUUAUCCAUGCGGAGCAGAACGCCCUGACAUUCAGGUGCCGAGAAAUAAAGCCAGAUGAGAGAAGCAUGAUAUUUGUAACAAAAUGUCCAUGUGAUGAAUGUGUUCCUUUAAUUAAAGGAGCUGGUAUCAAGCAGAUCUAUGCAGGAGAUGUUGAUGCUGGAAAAAAGAAAGCAGACAUCUCCUAUAUGAAGUUUGGUGAACUUGAGGGUGUAAGCAAAUUUACAUGGCAACUGAGUCCAUUGCACACUAAUGCACUUGAAUUCCAUGACCCUACAGCCAGGGAAAAUGGGGUCCAGAAAACAAAAUCACUGGAUGACCAGCAGCACCAAAGCAAGAAACUGUGUCUUGGUCAUUACUGAAUAAUUAAGCACUUCCUGCAGUCUUGCUUCAUACUUUUUAUAAUACAGCCUGUUUGCACUUUCAAAUAAGAAAGAGUUUUAUUUAUUGUUUGGAAAGUGAAUUUUAGAUUAAGUUUAUUUAUGAUGUCUUUAAUGUUUUACAGUGUUGCCUGAAGGUCUUUUUAAUGUAGAAGCUCCUGGCGAAAAAAAUGCUGCUUGUAUUUUCUGUGAAAGUAACUGGGUGGCUGAUCAUUUUUAACACAUUAAAAAAAUAUACUCAAAGUUCA